AUGGCGGCAAUGAUGCCAAGUGCCGCAACUAGCAACCCCUAUGACAGCGACGCCGUGGAGCGUGACCUGAUUGACCCGGACGAUGCUACCCUCGAUGACCUCGACGAUCCUCUCCAGGGCACGUCGGACCGCGCGCCGCUGACGGGCAACAUCCAGCGCGACCCUGCGCAGACGCAGUCGUACCUGACGUCGAGCAUCCCCGGCGAAGACCGCCGUGCGCCCACAAACACCAUCGACGAGACAGUAUGGGACACGCUGUCCCGCGACAUCUUCGCCAUCUGGGAGAAGAUGAAGCAGGUGCUGUACCCCAAGUACCUGCUGGGCGGCAUCAUGCAGCGCGGGGGAGGCAUUGGCGCCGCAGAGCGCGGCGAGGCCGACGGCUUUGGCGGUGGGCUCAGGAACAUUGCAGGGCGAUGGCCGGACGCAGAUGUUAUUCUGCAGGGCGGCAUGAGCGAGGGCCUGCGCGACUGGGACCUAUGGGGCCCGCUCAUCUUCUGUCUGCUGCUGAGCCUGUUCCUCUCGUGGGGAGCAAAGGGCGACCAGAAGGACCUGGUCUUCUCCGGCGUAUUCGCCAUGGUCUGGAUAGGCGAGGCAGUCGUGACGCUGCAGAUCAAGCUGCUGGGAGGCAACAUUGCCUUCUUCCAGUCCAUCUCUAUUAUCGGCUACACGCUCUUCCCGCUCGUCAUUGCCUCCAUCCUCAGCGCCGUUGGCAUACCCAUGAUAGUGCGCAUCCCCGUCUACAUCGUUCUCAUCGCCUGGUCGCUAGCAGCGGGAGUGAGCAUCAUGGGCGGCUCUGGAGUCGUAAGGAACCGCGUCGGCAUCGCAGUAUACCCUUUGUUUGUAUUUUAUGUUGCUCUGGGCUGCCUGUGCUUCAUCAGCUAG